AUGAUGCAUCAAAUGUUAACAGAUCCUGACAAAAUAUCAGAUAUCGAUGAUGAUUUCAAUCUACUUUCAUCUCACGAGGAUACAGUUGAAUUCCAAUCUGAACUUAAUCCCGAUUGUGAAAUGCUGAUUGAUGAUCAAGAUGAGCCGCUCUUGUUAGAUGAUUUGUUUUCAACGAAUAACAAUCAAAAUAAUCAUUUUCUUCAUUCACAUACCACCAUCAAAACACAUGAUUUUCGUAAACAAUUGAUUGAAAUUUUCAGAGAUGCUAAUAUUAGUAACAUCCAUUCUUCUCGUAUUCUCAGAUUAAUUAGUAGUAUUCUUCCACAACCUCAUAAUUCGCCAACAACAUUAAAAGCUCUAUAUGAUUCAAUGCAAGGUAAACCGCCAUCUUUCAAUAAAAUAUUAAUGUUGUUUGAUGAAAUAUAA